AUGCAAAUGGAUGGGUAUGUUUACAAUGCUUCCAAGGAACCCAAAAUCCUUAUGACUGGAAAAUGGACAGAGCGUAUGAGUUAUCAACCAUGCGAUGAGGAAGGAAAACCGCUUUCAGGAACUGAACCAGAAGAGAUGUGGAGAGUUCCUGAUGUUCCACUCAAGGAUAAAUAUCAGUUUACAUACUUCUCACAUAAGGUAAACAGUUUGGAUACUGCACCUAGGCAGAUGUUGGCAUCAGAUUCUCGUUUACGUCCUGAUAGAUAUGCACUUGAGAAGGGAGAACUAUCAAAAGUCAGCAAGGAGAAAAACAGCCUAGAGGUGAGACAGAGAAAGGAAAGGAAAAGUAGAGAAGCCAACGGCGACACAUUUACUCCAAAAUGGUUCGACUUGACUAAUGAAGUAGUAACUACACCAUAUGGCGAAACACCAAUUUACAAAUACAAUUAUAAGUAUAAUGAACACAGAGCAAAAGUGAAUAGCUUAAUCGAGGUUGUGCAACCGAUUGAGUUCAACCCUUGGCAGUAUGGACAAGAAAAGAUGGCUUAA